GUCUCACUGAUCCGGCUGGAUUCAGAUUUAGCCUGCCUCCGUGGUGUGAUGCAGGGAGGGGGGGGGCGUCGCUAUGGUGACCUGAGCGAGUGGGAGUGGCUGCCGUUUUCCCUGUGACUGCUACCGCUGUUUUUCCUCUCACCCACUCUCAUGUGCGGCGGCAGCUCGCCCUCGUCCUGCUCCUCUGCGUGAAAGCUUGAGCUCCGGCGCGUGAGAAAAAUGCUUUGGUCCCCGAAGCGCUCGCUUUCCAACAUCCACGUGAAGCUGACGGCCACGGGGCUCCUCCGGAAGCUGCAGCUGCUCUCGGGCUACCGCAGGAGCACCAUGGUGUUCCACACAGUGGACCGGGGGAAGUUGAGAGCCAGCUCCUGCAACAAGGAUCCCCAAAACAGCAGUCCUUGCGACCUGGUCAACAGGGAAAGUAACCAGCACAAGGACCAGAGCCAGGAUGUCGGCCACAGGCGAGAAGAUCAGCUAAUCGCCAGUGAUCGACGCUUUCUGGCUGCCGCUGUCAUCAUACAGCACAUCUUCACGAAGCAUGAAGACGUUGUCAAGAGGAGAACUGAGCUGUCACAGGAGCUGGCCACACUGCGUGGAGAAUUGGGGAGCCUGACGGCGACAUGUGACCGGCUGCAGCAGGAGAAGGAGGAACUGAAUGCGGUAUUCCAGGGAGCUCUGCAGAAGGUCCAGGAGAAGCACCAGCAGGAGCUGGCCAACUUCGAGGAGCAACAGCAGGCUUUCUAUUCGGCUGAGUGGGAGAAGGUCCAUGAAGCGUACCAAGAACAGGCGGACAGGUGCAGGAGCCAGAUGCUACAGGAGGUGGAUGAUUUAAAGUCCAAACAUGAUGCUUUUAUACGGCAACUGGAAACCAGCCACUCGGAGAAGAUGGAGUGUCUCAGGCUGCAGUGUGAAACGUCUUUUGAAGAACUCAGGAAAAAACAUGAGCAGGAAAUUCUGGCUCUGGACGAGACCCUGAAGGAAGCAGAAGGCGCUCUAUCUAACCAAAUCGAGGAACUCAAAGUGGAAAACAGCACUCUGAAGGCUGAAGAGGGGAGACGGAAAGCCUCGACUGAGAAAACACGGAAGGAUCCGCACACCAUAUACCUGGAGCAAGAGUUGGACAGUCUCAAGGUCGUCCUGGACAUCAAGAUCCAACAGCUCCACCAGCAGGACCAGAAGCUGAUGCAGAUGGAGAAACUGGUUGAAAAAAAUGUGCAGCUGGAAGAAUGUCUUAAGAAAGUCCAGCAGGAGAAUGAGGACUUCAAGGCCAGGAUGGACAAGCAUGCCGCUCUGUCCAGGCAGCUCUCCACAGAGCAGGCAGUGCUGCAGGAGUCUCUCCAGAAGGAGUCCAAGGUGAACAAACGUCUCUCCAUGGAGAACGAGGAACUGCUCUGGAAGCUGCACAACGGGGACCUGGGCAGUCCACGGAAAGUGUCUCCAUCCUCGGUCCCCGUGUCAUUCCAGUCCCCCCGCAGCUCCGCCAUCCUCUCCAGCAGCCCGAGUUCGCCCAGAUAGCAGCUGACCCUCCCUGGGACAAAAGAUGGACAGCACUGUCCUCCAGUCAGAAAGCUAUGUUAGCUGUGCAGGAUCACGACCCAUCUCCCUUCUACAGAGGUACCGUCUACGUACAUGUGAGCUGGAAAUCUCAGGUCCCCUACAAACUCAAAAGCUGAAAAACGUAGCUUAGCUGCCAUGGAGCCCAGCUAAGCUGUUCCCUGCCCCGGAUCUGUCCCACCCACCAAAGGAUCAGCCUAGCUUGGGAUAUCUACCGUCUUCUGAGCUGUUAGCCAACAUCCAAGCAACAAGCAAAUGCAAACCUAAAAAGCCAUUUAGUCAAUAAAGGUGAAAAACAGGCUUUAUGCGGCUGGGUGUGGGGUCUCUGUGUGUCUUUGUGCACAGAUUAGUCACGGUGUUCACAGGGCUAGCUGGGAGAUGUAUUUCUGUGUAGACAUACUACAUGUGUGCUUCAUGUAAACAUGCAUAAUCAUGCAUGAUGACCCAGGACAAGAUGACUGUUUUUACCUGUGAAAAUCACACCAGUAAAGAUAUCAUGAUAUGCAAUUAAAAAUCUCUGGUACGUAAGAGAAUAUCCAGGAUAUAAGAAAGGAAGAUUUGUGAUAUUCCAUUAAAAAUAUGUGUGCUGCCAAA